CACCAGCAAUAUGCUCAUGAUCUUCAAAAAAGUAAAACAAUUUAAAGUGAUAACAUGAAUUCGUAUCUUUACAUUGCAUGUAUUGUUAUUAUUAUUGGUUGCGUCAGUACCAAUCCAAAUCAACAAAAAACUCGAAAGAAUAAACCACGACGAUGCUUCCCAGUACUCCAAACUACACCAUAUCCUAAAUCAACAACUCCUUUUGCAUUACCAUGGGCAUCAAAUCAAGAAUUAAGAGAAGAAACAUCGAAAGCAAUUUUACAAUAUGGCGGAAAACUUACAUCAUCUGAAUAUCAAGCAAUAAUGGAUACAUCAAAUGAAAUAAAUAUUUUCACCCAAUAUUUUGACUGUACUCAAGCAUCAAAAUUGAUACCAUUCAUCGGCGAGACAAUAGUUUCACAAGCUGCUAUUCACAACUCAUCAAACCUUCCAAUAGAUUCUAUUACAUAUUGCAAAGAAGUUCAAAAAAACAUCACUGAAACAUUCUUGCAAUAUGCACCAAACAUGUCCGAAGAUGAAAUCCAAUAUGUUAUUGAUACUCUCCAAAAAAUGAGUACGAUUACAGUAAAUUCUAUGACUUACGAUGAAUUAACUGAAAUGGCUGAAGCUUGUGUUUCUGCUUUUGUAAAUAAUACAUUGGUUAAUGGACCUAUAGAGACUACAACUGUUUCAACAUCCACAACUACUAAGUCCUGCAGUAAAUCAACAAAUAGGAAGUCUAAAAAGUAGUGUUGCACUUACUGAAACUCAAAUUCAGAACCUUAUAACCUUAACUGCCGUUUUCAUUUUUCAAUACUUGGGUGCCUACAAUGACCAGUGAAGGUAUUCAAAAAAUUAUUAAAUAUGAAAACUUAAAGUUUUUAUUCACAAGUUGUUACUCUUUUAAAGCACUUAGCUUUAUAUCGAACUGUUCCUCGAAAAUUUUUUUUUCUUAAAUUCCAAUGUUGAAUUAUCUUGUUGCUACUUUUAUUUUAAUUAAAUAAACAUUUAAAAUUUUGCGUUUUUAAUAA